AUGAACAAGUUGCAAUCGAGCCUCCUCACCGUGGUUUGGAUCUGUCUCGGAUUCGUCUUGGCGCCUCCUCCUUUCAAUCAGCCACAAGAAGCUGUCGAGGAAGCAGCUGAACCCUCCCUGCGUUCCAAAGAUUCAUUCGUGUCGUACGAACAGCUGGCGGGCGGUGGCUUCGAGCCCGACGUCAAAAUGACGCCCGUACCAGAAGACUACGUCAGAAGAGAGCUCUAUAGAUAUAGAAUCUUCUACGAGGGUUUUCCGGUGUACUUUGUAGAACGCGAAGGAUACAACCUACAAAGGAUGCAGCGAGGCUUCGCAGACUUUGGAAAGAUCUACAUUGCCGGUCCCUCUCUGACCGGGAAUCCGACCCUCAAGGUUGCCAAAGAUGCACAGGGGCAUCCUGUCACAAGCGAGGCCUCGAAGGAUGUAACCGAAUUCGCUCAUGACGUACUCGGCGCUCGUGUUAGCUUUGGAGAUACCGCAACACUACUCGCCUACGGCUACAAGCUGGAUCCUGCUCCCUACAGGAAGGUCGGUUGGUUCAAGGUGAGACCCUCUCCGCCGGACUGGGAGAAGGUGUGGAGUGCAAUACCCAGGGACAGAGCCACCGACCUACGCUCCGCUAGGCAGCUGCUGAGUCGGCAACGCUUCAUCACCUUCACUACCACGGAUGAGACCGGCGUACUGGGAAUUCGCCUGUUGCACGAUGGCCGGCAGCAUAUCAAGUGGCUCGUGUCAGAGAGUCCGUUCUACAGUGCGCUUCAUUGA